AAUCUGUAGUUUACGUUACGUAUAUUGUAGAUUUUCAGUACUGGCAUUGAAUUUCGGAACGCAGCCUACAUCAACUCUUCGAGGGCAAAUUGGGAUCAUGGUGGAAAGAUUCUUUCCACCAUGAUUGGGAUAUUCAUAAUAAUACAUGUAUAUCAGUAUUGAUCAGUAUAUCGAAGGUUUGAGUUAGAUACGACGAGAGAGAUUUGACUUCUACGAAAUCAUCAAAAGAGAAGAAGAAGAAGAAAAAGAUUCCAAAAAUGGAAGCAGAUCUUAUGGUCUCCUGUCCUUAUAAUCCUGCACAUCGCAUUCGUAAAGCGAAACUUAUGGCUCAUGUGGCAAAAUGCAAAAAAAGCAGUAAGAUAGAGAACAAAGCAACAUGUCCACUGGAUUCAAGUCAUAUAGUUGAUCGUGACCAGCUUGAUGAGCAUAUCAUAUCAUGCCCAGGUCUUGCAAAUUUAAUAACAGAUGUGGAUUAUUUAAAUACUGAUCAAAAUGCAGAACAAGCUGCUCUUAUAGACUCAAGUAGAUCAGUUGAAAACUGGGAUGAGGAACCAGAAGUUCCGCCUUAUAAUCCGAUGGAAGUUUCAGAAAAUAAAAAGGUACUACGAUCUGUUGCUGGAUUGUCAAAAGCAGAGAGGAGGAAGUUUAGAAACAAGGAACGAAUGCGUAUGGCACAGCUUAAUGCGGAAGAUUUGGAUGCUUCAGUAGGAACUUCAUGUUCAGUGAAAGAUGCGGAUACAUCAUUGUAUUCUUUAUAUUCUCUUCGCCGUUCUGACAAUGUCUCGAAUGAUGCACACACUUCAUCUGCAAAUAACUUGGAUAAGUCAUCUAAGCAAAAUGCAAGCAUACAAACUAAUAUCAGUCAUGAAUUUGAUGAUCCAUUCCACAGAACAUUAUAUAAUGAAUUUGCUCCUGAAAAUGAUAAUCUUAAUGAGCUGUUGGAACAAUCCCUACAUCAUGCUGAGUUAUUUAACAAAUCAUUAAUUCCUGAGACAAAAUCUGCGAAAGAUAAUUCUUACAUCGAUAAAGAAAAACAAGAUUUCCCCAAUUUUGGUCAAAAUGAGAAUACAAAAAUUGAGUUAGAUGCAGUUGGCGGAUUAUUCAAUACCAAUAAUCUGAAACAAGAGAAGAGCGAGUGUGCUGCAAGUGCUGCUGUUUCAUGCGAACGAGAUGAUCUUUCAACUUUAUUAAAAAAUCUGAAUGCCAUGAAGGCUGCAAAAGAGGAACUCAAUCGAAAUGAUAGAGACUUAAGUCAGAAGGAAUGGGAUGAGAUGUUUGAUAGAUUCAAUAUUUUAACAAAUGUUCAGAAUGCUGCUGCGGAAGAGAGUGCACAGUUAUUGCAACAAUUGAGUAAGCUUAAACUGCGUCAAGAAGUUCCACCUAAAAAAUAAUUUUUUCUUCUCAUAAAUCAUCGAAGAUAAUUUGACAAAUGUGCUAUAAUCCGAAUUAUGCU